AUACACCUCACAGACAUACAGACAAUAUGGCAUCUUCAGUACUUGAGCCUGUCAUUUCGGCCACACCUCCACCAGAGACCCAAAAUGUCACCAAGCCAAGCCAACCAACAAACGGCACAGCGAAGGCCGACCCCUCUCAUGAGGAAUACCAGUACCUUAACCUGAUUCGUGAAAUUAUCAACAACGGCGAGCACCGUCCGGAUCGCACAGGGACAGGAACAUAUUCGAUCUUUGCCCCUGCGCAAAUGAAGUUCAGUCUAUCUCGACCCUCCUCCAACCCCGCUGCACCGCCAGAACUCAUUCUACCCCUUCUCACAACAAAACGCGUUUUCUUGCGCGCCGUGAUCGGCGAACUUCUUUGGUUCGUCGCCGGGUCCACACAUUAUAAGUCACUUCAAGAGGCUGGUAUAAACAUCUGGAACGGCAACGGCUCGCGUACCUACCUCGACAGUGUAGGGCUAUCGCAUCAUGAGGAGGGAGAUCUAGGGCCAGUCUACGGCUUCCAAUGGCGGCACUUUGGUGCAGAUUAUAAGGGGCACGAUGCAGACUACACUGGGCAAGGCGUGGACCAGCUGGCAGAAGUCAUCGAAAAGCUGAAGAAUCGCCCGUACGAUCGAAGGAUCAUUUUGAGCGCAUGGAACCCUGCGGACUUGAAGAGGAUGGCUCUUCCGCCGUGCCACAUGUUCGCACAGUUCUACGUCUCAUUCCCACGGCAGAAGGAAAGCGAGACAGAGAAGCCGAGGGGCGUCCUGCAUUCGCUGUUAUACCAGCGCUCGUGCGAUAUGGGACUUGGUGUGCCGUUCAACAUUGCAUCAUAUGCGUUGCUGACGCACAUGCUGGCACACGUCUGCAAUCUGACACCGGGCACUUUCACACAUACAAUGGGCGACAGUCAUGUAUACUGCGACCAUGUAGACGCGGUAAAGGUGCAGAUCGAAAGGGAACCGCGCGAUUUCCCUACCCUCAAGAUCAACAGGGAAGCAGGCGGCAGUAUCGACGGAUGGAAGACUGAAGAGCUGGAGGUUCUUGGGUACAAGCCACACGGAGCUAUCGCAAUGAAGAUGAGUGUAUAGUGUACACAUUCCUUGAAGUAGCUAAUUAGACAUGUAUAUACGACUGUACG